GGUUGGAAGUUGGAACACACGAGAGGUGGAUAAACAAGAGGGGCGACCCUGACUGGACGGUCAGGCGUGACAGUCGUUCUCCUGCUUCCUCUCUGCCUCCUGCCUCCUGCUCUGCCUCCUCCCUCCCGUAGAAAAUACUAUUACAGUACCAGUACAAAAGUUAAAAAGACUUAAUUAUAGAUUAAGCUAAAUUACAGUACCAAAAGGAUUAAACACAAAAUCUUUCUAAAAAAAAGUAGAUUAUAAUGGCCUCCUCAGCUGAAGUGGCACAACCAGUGAAUGAACAUCAACCUAUCGGCUCAUCUCCACUCGCUCCAAAACUUGCUUGGGGUGGUGCUGGGAUGGUUGGCGGCCUUCCAGUGUCUAGUUUUAGUGAGGCUGCUGCAUUAGUUUUGCCUCCGAGAGAGUCGACCUCUACCUCAUUUCGUGACCUCAUGUCAGAAGACCUUGCUAAGGACAUGCUUGAGAAAGAAAAUGAGGCUUAUUACCGGUCUUUAACAGAUGAUAAGACAGACCCCGGUAAUCUGAUUAGUUUGAAAGAAUCGGACGACACUAAAGAUGAUCUCCUCUUGGCUCAGAUGCUUCAAUACGAAUUUGAUCGUGAAUAUGAUCAGCAAUUAAACAGAGAGGAGAGACAUUUUAAUGGCAAUUCCAAAGUGUCCGUUUCAUUUAACAAGUUUAAGGUCUGUCCUCAAUGGUAUGGUCCAGACAGUGAUGAUGAGCUCCCAGAAAUAGAUGAGGAAAACAGAGCCAUAGACUCGUUUGAGGAACGGAAGCGCAAAGACCCGGUGAUACCUCCAUGUGGUUAUGUGAAAUGUGGUGCAAAAAUUGUCACCAAACAUGAUCUUAAUAUAAGCGGCCGGAAAAAUGCUGAAAGGAUAAUGAAUCUACCGCCUGGUAUAAAUACAGGAGAUGGAGGAGGAUUUGAUAUGCAUUUACCCAAUAAGGUAUUCAACAAACUUUAUCGCUCCGCAUUGACUGAUAUGCGAAGAAAGCAUCGUGUUCAUGACAAGGUGGAGAAAGCAACAUCAGAUAUGGCUCUUGACCCCAAAACUCGCCUUUUGAUAUUCAAGUUGGUCAAUAAUGCCAUCCUGGAGUCAUUUAAUGGCAUUAUCAGUUCAGGAAAGGAGGCGGUUGUUUUUCAUGGUCAGCUUGGAAAGCUUGAAGAUAGACCACUCCCUGAAGAUUGUGCUGUGAAGGUGUUCAAGACGACCUUGACAGAUUUCAAGACACGGGAGCGUUAUAUAAGAGAGGACUACAGAUUCAAGGACAGAAUAACUAAAAACAACACUCAGAAGUUUAUUCGUUUAUGGGCAGAGAAAGAGUAUCAUAAUCUUCGUCGGCUUCAGAGUGCCAAAAUCCCCUCCCCAGAGCCAAUUCUCAUUAAGCAACAUGUCUUGCUGAUGACGUUUAUUGGAUCCAAUCAUCAGGCAGCUCCAAAACUGAAAGACGCAAACCUUUCCUUUUCUGAUCUCUGUUCGGCUUAUGAACAGACGGUAAAGGCCAUGACGAUGAUGUUCCACGGAUGCCAUUUGGUUCAUGCUGACUUAAGUGCAUACAACAUUUUGUGGUAUGAAAAUAAAUGUUGGAUUAUUGAUGUGGGUCAAGCUGUUGAACCUUCCCACCCAAAUGCUCUACACUUCUUGUAUCGGGACUGUACUAGUGUCAUCAAAUUCUUCCGCUCUAAAGGGCUUCCAGAUCUGCCAACACCACUUAAACUUUUUGAGAAGGUCAGCAGUAUAUCACUGCCAGGGUCUGACGAGUCUGCUCCAAGAAUGAUUGAAGAAUACGAAACCCACCAGGAACUGUGGCGCGAGGGUCUGAGUAACUCAAGCGAUCAGUUUGAGUUCCUUUGGCAAGAGAUACAAGCUGAAGAAAAUCGGCGCAAGAGAUUAAACAAGCAGGAGGCGGAGGAUGAUGAGGAAGAUGAGGAUGAUGAUGAGGAUGAUGAGCAGCAGCCACAUCUGCCAGAGGAAUUGGAUUCGAAGGAUGAACAAAAUUCGGUAGACACCCCUCAUGAAGCAGAACAGUAAUCAUCAGAUGGAAUUAGCUAUAAGGUGGUUGUAAAAUGAUAGCUACAUUGUUUGGAAAUCCCUUGCCAACACGGUAGAGGCUCCAGGAGGCUUCGCCCUUUUGACCAGACUGGUCAAAACCAGACAUCCUCCUGUUAUUGUUGCAAGAGGAAAGUAAAAGCAAAAAACUAUAUGCAAAAUGUGGUAGCUAAUUGAAAUAGAAAAUUUUGGUUUUAUCAAUUAAAUUAUUUUAAAUAGUAACUUUAUUUUUUGUCCACUAUUCAUGGCUUUAAAAAGUUACGACUAAAUGAUUGUUCUUAAAUCCAAUCACAUAAUAUUGACAAGUGCAAAUGUUCACUGUAGGUUUUUAGGCAUAUAGUAGAUACAUAUAUGGAUUGAAUAAUGUUGAGAACGCUAAUUGUAUUGUUUCUCUUAAAUGGAAUAUUAGGUAUUAUAGUCCAUGUUUUAUAAGAGCAAUAGCGUGAAACUUGUAUAACUGAAUAGUAUGUGAUAUACACUAGUAAGAAGAUAUGACAAGUGAAAUAUAGUAACUUAAAAAUUUUUGGUCUAGGUUGGUCUAGGCAGUCAAUAUGCAUUUACUUUCUUGUGUACAGUACAGAAUAUAAAUAAAAAAUAUUUUUACCAAUAAGACAAAAUAUCUUUGUAAAAAAAAAGGUAUUAUGAUUAUUUUAGUUUUCUCAAUUUUCAUAGAUCAACAACGAUUGAUUAAUUGGUGUUCAUUUUAGAAACACAUGUUGAUGCUGGCAUUGCUGUGAAAUUUUAAGAAGGCAUAUCAUAUUAAUACAAUACCAGUGAGUGCCCGUGUUGAGGAACAGUAGGUUUAUAUUAACAUAAGAUGUAAGCAUAAUGUGUUUAAAUGCUUAUUUUUCUUUAGACUGAAUUUCAUUAUUACGUGGCUUUUAAUGCACGAUUGAUUACAGGCGAGCAAUUAAUAUUUCAAUAAAAUUUCACUCCUUCAAA